UUCAUGUUCCUCACGAUGUAAACAAUGGUUAAAUAAAAGAAAAAAUAAAGUUAAAAGGAAAACUCCACGAAAUUUAGGGAGUCAUAUAUUCUACGAAAAUGGGGGAGCGUAAAAUAUAUCUUCACUCACAUGCAUAACAACCUUACUGUAAUCUCUAUCAGUCCAACCUCAUGCAAUGCUCAAUUAACAACAACUGAAUUUCCUUCCGCAGAUUCAACUAUGGCAAGUUUUAUGUCACUCUUCUCCUUGUCACUGUUUCCUUUCAAUCAACACAAAUUCCAAGCCAAAAGUUUUUGUUUUCACAAGCCCUUGAUCCAAAGGAAGCACCACCAACUUGGAUCGCAAAACCUCUUUUUCCCCUUUUUCCGAAACCCAUCUUCGAAAUUGUGUGCCACUUCACGAUUGUCCAUUGAGGAGACGGAGCAACAAGUCGGAACCUCGACCCGACCGGAAGACCUGAAAGGGGCGUUGGCUUAUCUGUUUAGGACGGAAACUGGUGGAGGUUUGGUGAAAGUUUAUGUCACAAAGAAAAAAGAUAGGUAUUUUGUUUACGUUGAGAUUUCUUCGUUGGAUGUGAAUCAUUGUGGUGAAAGUGAAACAUUGGUGUUGUGUUGGGGUGUGUAUAGGGGUGAUGCAUCUUGUUUUGUGGAUAUGGAUUCGACGGGGUUGAGUGGGAUUGCGGCAAAGCGGAUGAAUGUUAGUCCUUUGGUGCAAACUUCUGUUGGCAAGUUUGGAGUUGAGUUGGAAUUUGAUGCCAAAUAUGUUCCUUUGUACUUGUCAUUUUUCUUGAUGUCAUCUUUGAAUGCAGGGUUGGAGAUUAGAAGCCAUAGGAGAACGAAUUUCUGCGUGCCGGUUGGGUUGCUUUCGGGUUACCCGAGUCCUUUGGGGCUCUCUUAUUCUCCUGAUGGCUCUGUGAAUUUUUCUAUUUUCUCGAGACAUGCUGAGAGUGUGGUUUUGUGCUUGUAUGAUGAGAAGGGUGUGGAGAAGCCUGCUUUGGAGGUUGAUUUGGAUCCCUAUGUGAAUAGGUCAGGUGACAUGUGGCAUGUCUCGCUUGAGAAUGUCAAGAGUUUCGUGAGCUAUGGUUUUCGCUGCAGAGGAGGUGUUCAUAAGCAGAACAGAGGUGAUAGUUCUGCUGAGCAUGUUGUUUUGGACCCGUAUGCUAAGAUUGUCGCUAAUUCUUGUCCUGGUGGUCUUGGACUAGUGCAGAAUCUUGGAUGGUUGAGAAAGGAACCUGCUUUUGACUGGGGUGAUGAUUUUCACCCAGAUUUGUCCAUGGAGGAACUGGUGGUUUACAGGUUGAAUGUCAAGCGCUUCACACAGCAUGAGUCAAGCCAACUUCCAAGUGGUUCAGCUGGAACCUUUACUGGUUUGGCUGAGAAGGUUCAGCAUUUUAAAGAUAUAGGUGUGAAUGCUGUUCUGCUGGAGCCGGUUUUCACAUUUGAUGAAAAAAAAGGACCAUAUUUUCCUUGCAAUUUUUUCUCCCUGAUGCACAUUUAUGGACCAUCUGGUGGUCCUGAAUCUACUAUGGCCUCUAUGAAAGAGAUGGUUAAAAUUAUGCAUGCCAAUGGGAUAGAAGUUCUUAUGGAAGUAGUUUUCUCAAAUACUGCUCAGAUUGGUGCUCUACAGGGAAUUGAUGACUCAUCCUACUAUUUAGCAAAUGGAGUUGGUGAUUUGAAGAUACGGAGUGCUUUGAACUGUAACUAUCCUAUAGUGCACAAUUUGGUUCUGGACAGUCUGCGGCAUUGGGUGACUGAGUUUCACAUUGAUGGCUUCUCUUUCAUAAAUGCUUCACACCUGCUGAGGGGAUUUCAUGGGGAGUACUUGUCUAGACCUCCAUUAGUUGAAGCAAUUGCUUUUGACCCAGUGCUCUCCAAGACUAAAAUCAUUGCAGAUUGCUGGGAUCCUCAUGACAUGGUAGCGAAGGAAAUUCACUUUCCUCAUUGGAUGAGAUGGGCUGAAAUGAAUGCAAAAUUUUGUAAUGAUGUGAGGAACUUUUUAAGGGGUGAAAGUCUUCUUAGCGACCUUGCAACAAGACUCUGUGGGAGUGGAGACAUGUUUUCUGACGGACGAGGCCCAACAUUCUCUUUUAAUUACAUUGCCAAGAAUUUAGGAUUUUCUCUUGUAGACUUGGUUAGCUUCAACAGUGAUGAUGAAUUGAGUUGGAAUUGUGGAGAAGAAGGAGCCACUAACAACACCACUGUCCUUGAAACGCGACUCAAACAAAUCCGUAAUUUCCUCUUUGUCUUGUUUGUGUCAUUAGGAGUACCUGUUCUGAACAUGGGAGAUGAAUGUGCCCACUCCUCUGGUGGUUCUCUUGCACACGAUGACAUAAAGCCCAUCACUUGGAAUACUUUGACAACAGGCUUUGGUAAACAAAUCUCACAAUUCAUUUUCUUUAUGAGUUCACUGAGAAAGAGGAGGAGUGAUCUUCUUCAGAGAAGGAGCUUCUUAAAAGAAGAAAACAUAGAAUGGUAUGGAAGUGAUGGGGCUCCACCAAGAUGGGAAGAUCCAUCAUGCAAGUUCCUGGCCAUGACUUUGAAGGCUGAAGUAGCAAAGUUCCCAGAGAGCUCUGUGUCUUCUGAUAUAUCUGGGGAUCUAUUUAUUGCUUUUAAUGCAGCUGAUCACCCAGAAACUACAGUUUUACCCUUGCCUCCAGAAGGGAUGUCAUGGUACCGCUUAGUUGACACAGCUCUUCCAUUUCCCAGCUUUUUCUCAACCAGUGGUGAAAUAGUCCCUGAGAUGAGGGCAGGUCUGUUUACUUAUAAAAUGAAGUCUCACAGCUGCGUUUUGUUUGAGGCGUGUAAUUAUACCAUUUAAAAGGGCUACAUUCCCUCAAAUUUUGCAAAUUUUGUCAUUCAGUUAUGGGUUUGUAGAUUAAUUACUAGGAGGUAAUAAUAAGUUGGUGAGAAGGCAUACCGAGCAAUGUAUGCUUGAAUACCGUGUAAAAUGUAGUUUCAUGGUAUUGAUUUCACAUUGUCUUUAUUUUUUGAUAAAUAAAGGAGUAUUUACUUUAUAA